GUCGCAUGGAGACUCAAAGCGGGUUCGAUGCCAUGGCAUAUGUGCAGGAGUGGGAUGCUCCUUUCGUGCUGGUUGAGGAUUCCCAGCCACCGUUCCAGAGCAAAGCUUCGGAGCCUCUAGAGCCAGCUGUGGAGCCCAAAGCUACUGAAGAAGCUGUCACAAACCAGCCCGAAACAGUUCCGCCAGAGCUAGCCAAGUCGACGAUGAGUGUGCUGGAUCUCAAAUCUACUGAGGAAGCUGUCGCAAACCAGCCCGAAACAGUUCCGCAAGCCCUGCCAGAGCUAGCCAAAUCCAUGAGUCUUAAGGCCACAGAAGAAAGCAUCUCGAACCAGGCAGUUGUGGAGCCCGAGAGCGACCCAUCCACAGCCAAGCGAGCUGUGCAAACAGCCCCCGAAGCUUUGCCGAAGAAGCCUAGGCGCGUGGAGCCCGAACCUUCUGAGGAAGCCUCAGCCAAGGAGCCCGAAACUUCCCCCAAAGCUUCGGCGAAGAAGUCUAGGUGUGUGGGGCCCGAACCUGCCGAGGAAGCCCCAGCCAAGGAGCCCGAAACUUCCCCCAAAGCUCUCCCAGACCCACCCGUGACCAAGCUGCCAGCACUGACUCGGGGGACCCCCCUUCUUCUGUCGGAGUCUUUGAAGUCCAAAGCAGAGGCGUACCAAGAGGUCCAAGCCCAGGUGAUCACGACCAAGGAAGACCAGGAUACGAUGAUGGAGGAAACGGGCCGAGGGCGCGGCGCGGGCCGUGGCCGUGGAGGUCGUGGCCGUGGAGGGGGAGGAACUGGAAAGACUGCGCAGCCGGAGGAGCCGAAAACAAAGGAGCAGCCAGAGACUGCACAGCCGGAUAAGCCGAAAACAAAGGAGCAGCCAAAGACUGCAGAGCCGGAGGAGCCGAAAACAAAGGAGGCGCCGCCUGUGAACGGGGAGCGGCCGAAGAAGAAGGCAAAGGUUGCAGAGGGCAAGGCAACGAAGGAUCAAAAGGCAGUGGAGACCCCGAGUGCCAAGAAGAAGCCUGCAAAGGAUUCGGCAGCCAAUGCAUCAUCGGCAAUCGUGCCCGCAGCUCCCACCACAUCCAGUCCUCCAGUUCCUGGUGAGCCAUCAGCGGCAUCUGCUGCCGUGGUUGCAUCGGGGAAUCCAAGCAAGCGCAGCAAGAAGGAAUCCAAGAGUGACAGAUCGAGAGAUGGUGUGUCCAAGUUCGCUCAUGUAGAACUGAGUAUCUACUGGACUAAGCAUACGGUGGGCCUCAAGCCGAAAGCUGGAUCCCACAAAGGGAAACAGGUUAUCUCUGUGGCCAACAAGAAGGCAACCUUGGCCCAGAACAUCAAGUAUGCUGUGAUGAUGGCCAGCUUCUCAGGAGCUGCUGUCCUCGAAGCCAGUGCGGGUGAGAUGACUCCAGAAGUCAAGGCCAAUUUGGAUCAGAUGAAGAUGGAUUUCCUUGGCAUGGAUGAUGUAGCCAUUUCUAAGUUUUAG